AUGUCAAAAGUUGUUAGUAGACAGAAGCUAUCAGAAGUAAGCAAAGUGAAGAAAAAAGAAGAAAACGCAGUAGAUUGGGAGAAAAGAUGCAUUGAGUUACAGAAUCAAGUGAUUAUGCUACAAGGAAAGCUUGAGAAAAUGAAUUCGAUGAUUCAUCAGAUUAAAAAAACUAUGAAAAGCAUAUUGACAUUUUCUCUUUCAACUACAUCAAGUGAUAGUAUGAUGGAAAAGCAGAAUGAUACAACAGAUCUCCAAGCUGUUUUACCAGAAACGAAUAUGAUAAGUUCAAGUAAACAGAGAGAAACAUUAGAUGAUAGUAGUAGCUUCAGGGAGACGAAUGAAUUAGAGAAUACAUAUUUGUACAAUGGAUCAUUGAAAAAGAACACUAGUAUGGAAACAAAGUUGAAAAAGCGGUCUGGAGGAAAUACCAAUAUUGAGAAAAUUGUGGGUGGAGCUAGAUCAAUUAUAGGUCUAUGUCAGAAAUAUGCGAAUAAGGAAGGUAUAUUCACUGUAUACGAAUUUGAAAAAGAACUUGGUAAGUUGUUCUCUGGUAUAGGGUGUGACGUAUUUGAUGUCAGAGGGGAUGUAAUUCAGACUGAAGUAAUUGAUCUACUUAAGAUACUUGUGAGGAAUGGAUAUAUGUCAGAAACAAAGAUAAUUUACAGGUAUUCGCUAUAA